UGAGCCACAUAGGAGAAAGUUUGGAUAAUUAUCGUUUCAAUAUUGACAAGGACGAUUUGGAUGAGGCAGCAGAACUUUACUCUUUUUUUAAAGGAAAUAAGCAAAAAUUUGGGGAAAUAAAUACUGAUAAACGUUGUAAAAUUCAGCCUUUUGAAAAGUUUGAGUCUAGUAUAGAAGAUUGA